ACAGUUGCCUGCGCGCCCUCACCGGACCCGCGGCUUGCUCUGGGCGCUUCGGCCCGGCCCUACCCCUGCUGCCCGGCCGCGGAGGUCGGCGCCUCCUCUGCUCUCGGGUGCAUCCCAGCGCUACCCCAGCUCGGGCGUCCAGGCCCGGGAGACAGUGUCCACUUCAAGUUUAGUUCUCUGCGCCCGCCCGAGGUGCUCCGCAGGAGCCCUAAACCCUGCGCGGGAUCAUCCCCCCAGGCUUAACCCCGCUGCUCCGCUUGGAUUCCUCGGCUGCCCUCGCUGGGGUGGCGACUUCCUCCCCGCGCCCCCUCCCCCUCGCCAUGAAGAAGUCGAUUGGAAUAUUAAGCCCCGGAGUUGCUUUGGGAAUGGCUGGCUUUGCAAUGUCUUCCAAGUUCUUUCUAAUGGCUUUGGCCAUAUUUUUCUCUGUCGCCCAGGUUGUAAUAGAAGCCAAUUCUUGGUGGUCGCUAGGUAUGAAUAACCCUGUUCAGAUGUCUGAAGUAUAUAUCAUAGGCGCACAGCCCCUCUGCAGCCAACUAGCAGGACUUUCUCAAGGACAGAAGAAACUGUGCCACUUGUAUCAGGACCACAUGCAGUACAUCGGAGAAGGCGCAAAGACAGGCAUCAAAGAAUGCCAAUAUCAAUUCCGGCAUCGAAGAUGGAACUGCAGCACCGUGGAUAACACCUCUGUGUUUGGAAGGGUUAUGCAGAUAGGCAGCCGGGAGACGGCCUUCACCUACGCUGUAAGCGCCGCUGGGGUGGUGAACGCCAUGAGCCGAGCGUGCCGUGAAGGCGAGCUGUCCACCUGUGGCUGCAGCCGGGCUGCGCGCCCCAAGGACCUACCGAGGGACUGGCUGUGGGGCGGCUGCGGUGACAACAUUGAUUAUGGUUACCGCUUUGCCAAGGAGUUCGUGGAUGCUCGGGAGCGGGAGCGCAUCCACGCCAAAGGCUCCUACGAGAGUGCCCGCAUCCUCAUGAACUUGCACAACAACGAGGCUGGCCGUAGGACGGUGUACAACCUGGCCGAUGUGGCCUGCAAAUGUCACGGGGUAUCUGGCUCCUGCAGCCUCAAGACGUGCUGGCUACAGCUGGCAGACUUCCGCAAGGUGGGUGAUGCCCUAAAGGAGAAGUAUGACAGUGCUGCGGCCAUGCGGCUCAACAGCCGGGGCAAGUUGGUACAGGUCAACAGCCGCUUCAACUCGCCUACCACGCAGGACCUGGUCUACAUCGACCCCAGCCCCGACUACUGCGUUCGUAAUGAGAGCACUGGCUCGCUGGGCACUCAGGGCCGUCUGUGUAACAAGACUUCUGAGGGCAUGGACGGCUGUGAGCUCAUGUGCUGUGGCCGCGGCUAUGACCAGUUCAAAACCGUACAGACAGAACGCUGCCACUGCAAGUUCCACUGGUGCUGCUACGUCAAGUGCAAGAAGUGCACAGAGAUUGUGGACCAGUUCGUGUGCAAAUAAUGGGCGCCUGCCGCCUGCCUCACUCCCAGGACCCACUUAUUUAUAGAAAGUACAGUGAUUCUGGUUUUUUGUUUUUAAUAUUGUUUUCUUUUUCCCCAACAACUGCAACCAGAACCUUUUCUCUUUUCUUUCUGUACCCUUCUAAGAACUCUGUGGUUUAUUAUUAAUAUUAUAAUUAUUA